GCAAUCAACACAUCAGUCUUUGAUCAGUUACCGGACAGUUAAAACAAUGUACUCCCCGACGAAACUUAUUGCUUGUACGCUGAUUUUUGCCCAGCUACUGGGCACCAUUUAUUGCGGAGUGUACGAUAAUACGGAUCGCUGGGUCCUCUCCGAUAAGACGCAGAAUUUCCCCGAAAAUGCAGUUCUUGGCGGCAUCGAUUCAUACGGUUAUGAUAACUACGUGGGACGUGUCGUGUAUACAACCUCGAUUCUGCCAGCCCGUGUUAGAGCCGAAACUGGAUACACUACGUAUAACACCGACACACUCGCCAAUCAGGCGACCUCCUACGAGUUGCUGGUCGCCAAUGAGACCGUUAGCUAUCAUUGGGUGCGUAGUUACGAUGGCUUCAGGGAAAGGAAUGCUGUUUCUGUGGGCACAAGCACCCUGAACGAUCGCGUUUAUGUCUGCCGCGCCAGAACUGAUGGCGGUAUUUUUAUUGGCACCCUGUAUCUUGCGCAAAAGAUGUGUUUUAUCAGGUACGAGAAUUUCCCUAUGAGACAGAUCAGCAAAUACGAGGUACUGGUCCGACAAGUUACACCGGCAGCGUGGGCACCAUUCAGCAAUCAAAUUAAUUGAUAAGAUUGCCAGUUUAAAUACAAACGAACAUUUUUAAA